AUGGUGCCGGGAGACGCGGGAGGAGAGGCGGGAGGGCCCGCGGCCGCUCCCUCCUCGGGCUCCGGACGGGGUCCCCGCCACCCCCCGCCCGGCGGCGAAGUUUGCUCCGGGCUGGGGCCGGCUUCCCCGGCCCGGCCCGGCUCCAGGCUCGGCGGGUCGCGGGGCUCCGUGGGUCCCGCUGUGCGCCGCCGGCGCCCACCAGCCCAGUUCCCUCCCUCCCACCCUCCCCCCCGGGGGCCUGACGCUCGGAGGAACGCGGGACGGCAGGGGCCCAGCCCGGGGGGAAGCGGCCGCGCGACAAAGUACCCAGCCCGGGGGCCGGCGGCCGCGUCACAGCCUCGUCUGCGUCCGGGGCCGGUCCUUAAAGGGGAGGGCCCCCUUGUCCGGGGAGACCCAGCUCGGGAAGAAGGAGAGAAGUGA